AUGACUAUCCCGGAAGAAGUUGAUAUUAUUGUCUGCGGCGGUGGCAGUGCGGGAUGUGUGCCAGCUGGACGUCUGGCCAACCUGGACCACGAUCUCCAGGUCCUCUUGAUUGAGGCCGGGGAGAGCAACCUCAACAACCCCUGGGUCUACCGCCCAGGCAUCUACCCGAGGAACAUGAAACUCGAUUCGAAAACCGCCACGUUCUACUAUUCUCGACCCUCCGAAUGGCUCGAUGGACGUCGUGCCGUCGUCCCCUGCGCCCACGUUCUCGGUGGAGGCAGCUCUAUUAACUUCAUGAUGUAUACGAGAGCAAGUGCCUCUGACUAUGACGACUUCCAGACCAAAGGAUGGACCACCAAGGAGCUCAUUCCCCUGAUGAAGAAGCAUGAAACCUACCAACGAGCCUGCAAUAACCGAGAUCUCCACGGGUUCGAAGGACCAAUCAAGGUCUCCUUUGGCAACUACACUUAUCCCAUCAUGCAAGACUUCCUCCGGGCUGCUGAGUCUCAGGGCUUCCCCGUUACGGACGAUCUCCAGGACCUUGUGACUGGUCAUGGUGCCGAACACUGGCUCAAGUGGAUCAACCGAGACACUGGCCGUCGCUCUGAUGCUGCUCAUGCAUACAUCCAUGCCACUCGUGCCAAGUAUCAGAACCUUCAUCUCCAGUGCAACACGAAGGUGGACCGUGUGGUCAUCGAGAACGGCAAAGCGGUCGGUGUCCUGACUGUGCCUACCAAACCUGUUGGUGGAAGGAACCCUGAACGCAAGUUCUGGAAAGCCCGCAAACUCAUCAUUGUUAGCUGUGGUACUCUAAGUUCACCUCUCGUCCUGCAAAGAUCUGGCAUUGGUGAUCCAGAGAAGCUCCGAAAGGCCGGUGUCAAGUGCAUUGUGGACCUUCCGGGCGUUGGCCUCAACUUCCAGGACCACUACCUGCACUUCGCCACUUACCGGGCCAAGCCUGAGACUGAGUCGUUUGACGACUUUGUCCGUGGUGACCCAGAAGUCCAGAAAGCCGUGUUCGAAGAAUGGAACCUCAAGGGAACUGGACCAUUGGCCACCAAUGGCAUUGAAGCUGGCGUCAAAUCACGACCUACAGCAGAAGAACUCGAGGAGAUGAAGAAGUGGCCCACUCCGGAGUUCGUCACCGAGGGAGGUUGGGACAGCUACUUCAAGAACAAGCCCGACAAGCCAGUCAUGCAUUACAGUGUGAUCGCCGGAUGGUUCGGUGACCACCUCGACAUGCCUGCUGGCAAGUUCUUCACCAUGUUCCAUUUCUUGGAAUACCCUUUCUCUCGUGGCUUCACCCACAUCGUGUCUCCAGACCCAUAUGAGGCACCAGACUUCGAUGCCGGCUUCAUGAAUGACAAGCGUGAUAUGGCACCUAUGGUCUGGGGCUAUAUCCAAUCCCGUGAGACAGCCCGUCGGAUGCAAGCCUAUGCCGGUGAAGUUACGGCCAUGCAUCCUCACUUCAAGCACGACUCGCCCGCCCGAGCUCUGGACAUGGACCUCAACACCCGCAACCAAUACGCAGGACCGAACCACAUCAGUGCCAACAUUCAACAUGGUAGCUGGACCAUGCCCGUCGAGCAGGGCGAUGUGCCUGAGCCCAGCUUUCUCAACUCGAACAAGCAGCACUACCGCGCACCUCUUAAAUACAGCAAGGAAGAUAUUGCUCACAUCGAGAAAUGGGUUCAGCGACACUGCGAAACCACGUGGCACAGCUUGGGAACCUGCUCUAUGGCUCCUCGAGAGGGCAACAGCAUUGUCAAGCAUGGUGUAUUGGAUCCAAGACUAAACGUCCACGGCGUCAAGAACCUGAAGGUUGCCGAUCUGUCCGUCUGCCCAGAUAAUGUUGGCUGCAACACCUUCUCGACUGCGCUGCUCAUUGGCGAGAAGUGUGCGGUGCUCGCUGCCGAGGAUCUUGGCUACAGUGGUGCAGCUUUGGACAUGAAGAUCCCACCUUACCACGCUCCUGGCGAGAGUGUUGGUCUUGCUCGCCUGUAG